AUAAGCUCGGAGUUUAGUGACAAUAUUUCAGUUACAACUUCAACAUGAAGCAGUUUGCAUUGUUCAGCAUUUUCCUCUUGAUUCUGGUGGUGGGAUUGGCCCAGAUGCCCCAGCAGGUUGCUGCCCAGGGCCAGAAUGGACAACCACAUGGCCAGCCGCCGAAGUCGCCAAAUGGCAAUGGAAAUGGCAACCAGCAGAGUGGACAAGGUCAAAGCGGGCAAAGCAACAACUAGGAUUUCAGGGGGUCACAUCUCCUGAUUUUCCUACUUUUCCAGUUUUAUUAAAUAAACACUUUUCACAGCAAAA